CCGAACUCAACGAUUGGGCCGUUUGUAAUAAAUCUAUAUACCUCCUUAUACCACUGUUAAUUUGGGCACGAGCAGAUAUUGAUAUCCGCAACAGAUUCAUCGUCCAUACUGAUACCUUUUCACCAGAUCACUUAUCACCAUAGCACCUGAGCCUUAGUCGUAUUUUGACUCUGUAAAUUGUUUCGCCUGUUAGUCCACGCCUCAUUCCAACCAACGACCAUACGUAAGUCAGAACCGUCUACUCCUCAAAGUUCAAGCAACAUAUCUUCCACAAUGACCGAUUUCGACACAACUAGCUACUUCAACUUCGAUACUGCCGAUGACUUCUUGUACAGCGUCUCAGGCACGCUUGGAGGCGGCAACAACAACAUGAAUAACAUCAGCCACAAUAUUAGUAACCUUAAUGGCGAUGUCAAUAACAAUAUUAACGUCAACGAUAUACAGAUGAAUCCCACGUUUUCUCCGAUUUCAUCAGGCGACGAGUCGUUCAACAAUAGUAGUACCAACACCAUAACGCUAAAUGACAAUGAGGUAUUCAACGAUAUCCUCCAGAAAAGUGACGAGUUCCAGACAAGCUCUGUUUCAACUACGUCGUACUCGCAAGGGGGCAUAACUCCUGAGAGCCAUCCUGCAAUGAGCUCAACCCACACUUCGCCAGACGCUCCGCAAGACGAAGAUGAAGACGACGAAGACGACAACGAGAGCGCUUCUGGAAGCGGUUCCAAGCGUCACGCUUCUUCCAACAAGAAACGCAACAAAGUCACUAAGCCAAGGGCCAAAGACAAGACUUCGCACAAUAUGAUUGAAAAGAAGUACAGAACGAAUAUAAAUUCCAAGAUUUUGGCGCUUAGAGACGCCGUGCCUUCUUUGAGAAUCGCAGCUGGAGGUAAGGACGUGUCCAUCAACGACUUGGAAGGAUUGACUCCAGCCUCCAAAUUGAACAAAGCCAGUGUCUUAACCAAAGCUACUGAGUAUAUUAAGCAUUUGGAAAACAAGAACGAAAUAUUGAAGCUGCAGAACUUGCAGUUGCAGCGGUUAAUCCAGGAAGCCAAUCUUCGUCCUCCUGUCCAGCAAUACCAGCCUCCUCCUCAACAACAGCAAGGAUUUGGCUUCUUCCCUCCAGGAAACGAACGAAGAUAUACGGCUGUUCCAAUCAACCAGAGCUACAGUAAUGAAAAUGAACAACAAGCGCAACAACAAUCACAGCAACAACAGCAGCAACAACAACAACAACCAGCGAACAAGUUCUUAUUUGGUGGUAUGGCUGCAGUGAUGGGAACGUCACUUUUCGCCGGUGGGGGUACUAAUGACUUCAAGAGUUUGGGUGCCUUGCCGUUCGCACAUUUGCUUCCAUACGCAGUUACUCAUCCUUCGCCGCUUGCCUUACAAAUUUGGGGCUUGCUCAAGUUCUUGUUGGUAGUGGGAAGCUUGGCUACCUUAAUAAUACCUAAAAUCAGAGAAUACAUGGACGACAAGGACAAGAAAGUGAAACAACAACAAACUGAAGAUGGCGUAUGGAAGACUUGGCUCUUGGUUACUUUGGGUUUCCGUAUGCCUACCACUUUGAACAAGAGGAGAAAGGAAGAAAUCUUACUGACAGUAAUAGGCAGAUCUGUGAUCCGCGGAGCGUGGUCUAAAUUAUUCGAGGACUACUUAGUGUUAUCUGCCAGUGAAGCCACAUUUGAAAACUGUUUCUUGAAUUUGUUGAUCGGAAAGCUAUUGAUUUCUAAGUAUCCGAUCCUCGAAAAGGUUUUCAACCGCAACAUGUGUAUAAAGGGGUCCUUGAUCUUGAACUUAGACUAUAAAGGUGACAAUGAGUCAUUGAAGAAGUUGAAUACUUUAAUAGGAAAGAUUGAUGGCUUGUCAUUGCUAGGCUCUGAAUCAUUAAUUGCUAGAUUAUCCAAUUUGGUUGAACAAAAUACCAUUAACAAUGGAGUUAUAGACGGCCAGAAUCUUGUGAAGUAUGCCGAAUUGUACCAAGAUAAUGCCGGAGACUUCUACGGUAUUGUUGUGAACUGGAGAUUGUUGGAGAUCAUCCACCAGUUGGUUUUGAGCUACUUAACAAACCUCAAUGAUGACCAGUCGGAAAUUUUCAAAGAUUUAAAGAUCAUAGACAAUUUGGUUGAUAACCAAGACUCCAGAAUUUACAAUUACUUUACGUUGUUCAAAACUAUUGUUAACUCAAACGAUUCAGCAACUUUGUUGUUGUCGAUGAGCAAGCAAGUUAAGAGGUAUUUGCAAAAUUUUAAAUUCAUUAUUGAAGGACCAGAAUUGACUGACCACGAAUUGUACAACACUUCUGAUGAAGAUGAAGAUGAAACCGAAGAGAACGAGAGAUCACUGAAGCCUAUUGAAAGUACUGUUACGACUUUGAGAUCGCAAAAAUCAUUGAUAUCGUCCUUGGGCUUGGUCAACGAAGAGCAAGUGAUUGUUCUUGCAUCCAGUUUGACUUUAUACUACUACAAGAAUGAAGAACCUGAAAAUGCUCUCAAGAUGUUGAAUUACUUGAAGUUAUCGUCAGAUACUAAUUUAACUAUGUUAAGUUUUUCGUCCUUGAUAACGUUGAUCAACGAAGUUAUCCCCGGUCCAUUUGAAGACAAUGAUAUUUUGGAUAAUUCAAUUAGAAUUGUAAGAUCGUGGCUCAAUGAAGCUAAAUUCUUAGACCACAAGUUGAGAUCCAAAUUGAAUGAAAUUAUUGUUAACAAGGCUAUGGUGCUAAACGGAAUUGAAGGUAACGAAUCCGAAGAUGAAUGAGGUCAAGAAAAAAAAAACUUUCUUAGAUUCCACAUGCUUUACGAAGAUGUGUUAUGAGGGGAGAAGUUUAUGUAUUGCGUUUGAUUUUCUAUAUAGAAUUUAUUUAUUCAUUUGAACAAUAAACAUAAUAUUAC